UUGGCCACCCGGGGCGGCCGGUCUCCAUAAAUACACGGUCCCUGGGCAUGGAGCGGGACAGGGAAAGCGCAGCGCCAGCAGCAUCUUUUCUCCCCUCCUGGACACCUCCACUUCGGCUCCAGAGCUGGAAGUAAGACUUAACACCAAUAGGCGAGCUCACGUCCGUCUUCCUUCUUGCAAGAGACAGCCAGCUCCCCACUGCGCUCCUCCAGCCCCGGUGGCCGGCGCUCGGCGGGCGUCCGCUCCCUGAGACUGCAGCGCGGUGCCGCCUGCAGCAUCCUCGCCCAGGUCCUGACGGCUCUCUGUCGCCCUUCUGCCCUUCCCGCCGCACCUGCUGCUCCGCCUUGCCGCUUUUUCUCCGUGUAUCAAGAGCCCGAAGCUCGCCGGCACCUCUUUAACAAGCUCGCCCUGCCCAGUGCCCACCUUCCCAGGCGCCCGGUGUCCCCCGCUGCCAUGAGCUCACCCAUUAGCAAGAGCCGCUCCCUUGCCGCCUUCCUGCAGCAGCUUCGCAGCCUGGGGCAGCCACCCAGACCCGUGACAUCGACGGCGUGCUCGCCCCGUCGGCCGAGAGAGGUGCCCCUCUGCCCCGUGAUGGAACCGGGCGAAGCGCAGGACGCGGCCACCCUGCCCGGUCCCACCAAGUGGCCACUGCUGGGCAGCCUGCUGGAGAUCCUCUGGAAAGGAGGCCUCAAGAAACAGCACGACACGCUGGCCGAGUACCACAAGAAGUACGGCAAGAUUUUCCGCAUGAAGUUGGGUUCCUUCGACUCGGUGCACCUGGGCUCGCCGUGCCUGCUGGAAGCGCUGUAUCGCACCGAGGGCGCGCACCCCCAGAGGCUGGAGAUCAAACCUUGGAAGGCCUACCGCGACUAUCGCGAGGAGGGCUACGGGCUGCUGAUCCUGGAAGGAGAAGACUGGCAGAGGGUCAGGAGUGCCUUUCAAAAGAAGCUAAUGAAACCAGUGGAAAUUAUGAAGCUGGGCAACAAGAUCAACGAGGUCUUGGCUGAUUUUAUGGGUAGAAUAGAUGAGCUCUGUGAUGAGAGAGGCCGCAUUGAAGACUUAUACACGGAGCUGAACAAAUGGUCUUUUGAAAGUAUCUGUCUUGUGCUGUAUGAGAAGAGAUUUGGGCUCCUUCAGAAGAACGCAGGGGAGGAAGCUUUGAACUUCAUCAUGGCCAUCAAAACAAUGAUGAGCAUGUUUGGAAAGAUGAUGGUCACCCCGGUCGAGCUGCACAGGAGUCUCAACACCAGGGUGUGGCAGGCGCACACGCAGGCAUGGGAUACCAUCUUCAGAUCAGUCAAAUCUUGUGUGGACAACCAGUUAGAGAAAUACUCCGAGCAGCCCAGCAUGGAUUUGGUUUGCGACAUUUAUCACCACAAUCAGCUUUCAAAGAAAGAGCUGUAUGCAGCCGUGACGGAGCUCCAGCUGGCUGCGGUGGAGACGACGGCAAACAGCUUAAUGUGGAUUCUCUACAAUUUAUCCCGUAAUCCCCACGUGCAACAAAAGCUUCUUAAGGAAAUUCAGAGUGUGUUGCCUGAGAAUCAGUUGCCACAGGCAGAGGAUUUGAGGAACAUGCCAUAUUUAAAAGCCUGUCUGAAAGAAUCUAUGAGGCUUAACCCGAGUGUCCCAUUUACAACUCGGACACUCGACAAGGCAAUGGUUCUGGGGGAAUAUGCUUUACCCAAAGGAACUGUAUUGGUUCUAAAUACCCAUGUGUUGGGAUCCAAUGAAGAACACUUUGAGGAGCCAAGUCAGUUUAGGCCUGAACGGUGGCUUCAGGACAAGAAAAAGGUCAGCCCUUUCGCCCAUCUUCCAUUUGGUGUCGGGAAAAGAAUGUGCGUGGGCCGCCGGCUAGCUGAACUCCAGCUCCACCUGGCGCUCUGCUGGAUCGUCCGCAAAUACGACAUCGUGGCCACAGACCUCGAGCCUGUGGAGAUGCUGCACUUGGGCAUCCUGGUGCCCAGCCGGCAGCUCCCCGUCGCUUUCUGCCGGCGAUAAGCAGCCUCGGGUGGGCAGCAGGGGCACGCAGCAGCCAAGCGAGCUUUUUGUUGUUGUUAAUCAAGAGCAAAAGCAGCAAUUUUGACCCUCCUGCAAGAACGAAGUUUUGGGCUUCUGCUCAACUGGAAAGCAAAGGUGGAACACCAUGAAACGACACGGAAAGAACACUGAGGCUCAGAUGUUCACACCCCGUCUCUGUAUAGACGUCCCAGGAGCUGCGCUGUCUGUGCCGCUGAUGGUGUUAGGAUCGCCUCUGGCUCAGGGGAAGCAGACUGAGCGUUGGGAGACCAGGCCCGCCACCGGGAGCACAGCUGCACACGCGUGACCAGGCCCGCCACCGGGAGCACAGCUGCACACGCGUGGCCCUGGCCGCACCAACGCGCUCGUCUUGCUGCUCCACCUGGCGUCUUCCGUGACGCGGUGGAGCAGCUGGGUGCUUCACGGUCAGUCAGGCGAGAGUCACUGCUCCUUUCCGUCCCUGCCACGUCAGACUCCCGCUGGGAUCUUCACUUCUCCAAGCCUCCACUUCACAAAGACCUCCCGUAGCUGGAUUGUCAGUGGCUCAGGGCAAUAUUGCAGUCCAUUCACUGUAACUCUGAUAUAAGUGAAGUCGCUCAGUCGUGUCCGACUCUUUUCGACCCCAUGGACUGUAGCCCACCAGGCUCCUCCGUCCCUGGGAUUCUC